AUGGUCUGCAUUCGAGUGGUUCGCUUAAGUGGGGAAGUCAUGGAGAUCCCCGUGGCCCUGCCACGAGACGAACACGUAUGCGCGGGAUACGUGAAGAUGCACCUCGCAAAAGCUUCCCCGCGCCCACCCACAGCCUGUGUGGUCCGGCUGAUCGGCACCGAUGCGAAGGAGAUCGGAAACACUGAGCAACUCACUUGGGAAUGCCUGGAACAGGGAGUGCUUCAGCAUGCGCUAGUGGACGUGAUGUCCCUGGCCCCGCGUUUGCUGAAUGUGGAUCCAUUCCAUCUCAUCUUUCCUGCAGAUCCGAAGAAGCUGAUGGACCCAUGGCUUGUCAUCGACCUCGCCCUCGACAUUUUCGAGAAACGGGGUCGUGAUGUGGAUGUUUGCCAGCGGUUCUUCUCUGCUUGGACAGAAGCAGUCCUGGGUACAUCGAAAGAGGAAGCAAAUCAGGUUGAGCCGGACGGAUGCACAUGGCUCACCAGAAUGCUCGCCCUUUGGGAUGAACUUCGGCGCCGAAUUGUGCAAAGUCAGCCUUGGGAUGGGCCGCCAAAUCCAUUCGGUGCAUGUGCCCUUCCUGCAGUCCACAUGACGACCAUUCGCUUUGUGAAGGACAAGAUGCAGGUUCAGACUCUCGAGCAGACUUUCCAGACGGUCGGGGGCGUGCUCGUGGAGGCAACGUCCCGGGAUCCCAAUGCACUGAACUUGGAGCCAUUCCAUGUCGUCUUUCCGGCAGAUCCGAAGAAGCUGAUGGACCCAGCUCUCGUCAUCAACCUUGCCCACGGCAUUUUCAAGACAAGGGGUCGUGAUGUUAUUGCUUGCCAGCAGUUCUUCUCCGCCUGGACAAAAGCAGUCAUGGGCACAUCGAAAGCGGGAGCAAAUCAGGUUGAGUCAGAUGGGCGCACGUUGCUCACCAGAAUGCUCGUGCUUCUGAAAAUUGUUCAUGAAGCAGACGAGCCUUCCGAUCACCCAAGGCCGUCAGAGUUCGGAGAUGACUUUCUCAUGCCGGCCCAACAUGCCAUUGUGAUGACGAUGAUUUGGCUUGUAAGAAAGAAGCUCCACAUUCAGACGGUAGAGAAGACCUUCCACGUCUCCCCCUACGAUGGGAUGAUGAAACUCCUCUGGACCUUCGUGCAGGACAAACUCUCAUUACCACGAGGGGCUGGGCAUCACGCUGGUCUCGUCGAGGGGUAUGGGGCAGACCUGAUGCUUGCAUUGAUCCAGAGAGGCCUUCCCAGGAGGUACUGGGCAGGCUGCUUCGGCCCUUUCGACGACAACCUCCUGCAGUACAUCCUCGAAUCAACAUGCAAACCAGACCCGUAUGAACAUACUGAGGCCGAAGGAAGACUGAGCGUUGCUCUUGCUAAGAAGUACACUUUGGAAGAGUUGUGCCACCAGAGCUCCGACGGUUACAAUGCACUCUUCUACGCUGAGCGAGUUGCUCGUGAAAUUGAAGACAGAUGGCCAGUGAAUGCUCCACACGGUCUCAGGAUUUGGGUCCAACUUCGUGACGUUAUUAGGGAGCAGCUGCAAGUGCGUGCGGGGGAGUUUCAGGGCACAUUGUGUGAGUUGGCUGCGCUGGCGGGAUCGGUGAGGAUGGCCUUGGGCGGCCAGUCCCUUCCGGCGUUUGAUGAACAGCUUUGGGCCCGGGCUUCAGUGAUUCGUGAGCAGUGGUUGAGCAUGGGAUGGCACUUUGCCAGAAAUGACAGGCACGGACAAACCUCGGAGGUCGUAAGUUGGCAUCUCCAAGCAGCUCGCCAGGGCCAGGGGGGCAAGGAUGCAUCUCACGAGCCACCCGCCAUCGCAAAGACUUCUGUGAGGCGUGCCUUGUAA